AUUAAUUCAAGUCUCUUUUUGGCACCGCGGAAGGACUUCAAACGCUGCCAGAGUCGGCCCAAUUCAGCCAAAACAAUGCUCAAGCAAGCCGCCUUGAUCACCUUUGCAAGCAGCGCCGCGGCCCUCCAAGCGCCGGGCCUGCAGGUGCUCCAGCGGAGCUUGCACACUCGCCUGCUGGCCAGCAGCGGCGCCGGAAAGAGCUUCACGCGCCUCCGCAGCACGACGUGUCCCGCGCAGGCCCAUGAACCCACGACAGCGCUGGAGCGCGGCGCCGUCUUGAGAGGCGCCGUCGCGGCCGUCGUCGCGGCCGUCGCGCCCACCACGGCGCGCGCCGCCGACGCCGUCGACUACAAGGCCGUCGCGGCCGACAUCGCGAAGAUCAUCAAGAGCGACCCGGACAAGGGCCCGACCUUCCUGCGGCUGGCCUGGCACUCGUCGGGCGACUACUCGAAGCAGGCGCGGGACGGCGGGUCAAGGGGAGGCACGAUCCGCUUCAAGGAGGAAUUAGCUCAUGGCGGCAACGCGGGCCUCGCCAAGGCCGUCAAGUGGCUCGAGCCCGUCAAGAAGGCCCACCCCGGCGCGUCCUACGCCGACAUCUUCACGCUCGCCGGCGUCGUCGCCAUCAAGGAGGCCAACGGACCCGUUAUAGGGUGGAGCUCGGGUCGCGUGGACGAGCCCGUCUCAUCCGUCGCGCCGGACGGCCGCCUGCCGAACGCCGACAUGGGGUCUCCCGCAAAGACGGCGGACCAUUUGCGCGACGGCGUCUUCUACCGCAUGGGCUUCGACGACCGCGAAAUUGUGGCAUUGUCCGGUGCCCACGCGCUGGGGCGCUGCCACCCGGACGCUUCUGGCUACGACGGGCCCUGGACGCCGACGCCGACGACGCUCAACAACGGCUACUAUUCCCUCCUGCUCAACGUCGAGUGGACGCCGCGCGCCUGGGACGGCCCCUUCCAGUACGAGGACCCGUCGAAGAAGCUCAUGAUGCUCCCCUCGGACUUGCUCUUGGUGACGGACAAAAAAUUCGCCAAGUACACGAAGCAGUACGCCAGGGACAACGCCAGGUUCUUUGCGGACUUUGCCGCGGCCUUCCAGAAGCUCGAGGAGAACGGGUGUUCUGGGUUGACGCCGACGGAGUGGGCCUGACUUCUCUGACGAUGGGCGCGCCGAGGGUUUUGUGGUGGGCGACCCGUCACAACGAACGGCGCGCGCGCGCGAUCCCCUAACUAUUAAUAACACACAAAUUCCACUUA